AUGUCUUCUGUUUUAAACGACUCUCUCAUCAUUCAUCCUCCAGGCUUUUAUAUCAUCGCAUUUGAGACAUUUCCCAACAUCAGUGUCUACAUUAUCUUUCUAGCAUUUGUCUAUGUGGUUACACUAGUGUUCAAUAUUUUAUUGAUCUACAUAAUUGCCUGUAACCAUUGCUUACACACUCCAAAAUUCAUGGCAGUUGUCAACCUGGCAGUAAUUGAUAUUGUCUUAAACACAAGCACUAUUCCAAGCAUGAUAAAGACAUUUCUGUUUAAGGACAACUUUGUUCCAUUCAACCUCUGUUUGUUACAAAUGUAUGUUUAUUACGCUUUUAUAUCUUUGGAGUCGUAUUCCCUUGCUAUACUUGCCUAUGACAGGUUGAUUGCAAUAUUCCCUUUGCGUCAGAACGUAUUCAACACACUGCCGAUCAUGUCUUGUCUUAUCAGCGUUACUUGGGUUUACAGUCUGGGAAGAGUUGCAUACAGCACCUCAAUCAUGACUCGACUUUCUUUUUGCAAUUCUGUCAGAGUGUUUAGCUACUUCUGUGACUAUGCACCUGUUUUUAGACUCGCCUGUAAUGAUUACACACUACAGUGGUCAAUCGCUUCAACUCCAAGCAUGGUGAAUCUGAUGGGCCCUUUGACUUUCAUCCUCCUGUCUUAUUUCAUCAUUCUGGUCACUGUGUUCAGGAUGAAAUCAGUAAAUACUAGGAUGAAAGCUCUCGCUACUUGCAUUGAACACCUAGUCCUUGUUGCUGUAUUUUUCACUCCUAUAAUCAUAAUUUUCUUAAUUGGUCUUUAUGUGCGAUCCAUUGACCCGGACCAGCGUGUGUUGAGUCUGUCGCUGGCCUCUUGCAUCCCACCCUGCAUAAAUUCUGUUGUAUAUUCUUUAAAAACAAAAGAGAUCAGAACCAGAGCCCUGGCAUUGGUCAAAAGAGUAAAAAUAAGCCCUUAA